AUGUCUUCAAGUCCAUUGAUGCCAGCUGCCCCAAGAUCCACAUCUCCCAGUAGUAGUGUAGUUCCAGACUCGGAAUUUCCCCUUGGCAAAACAAUAACCCUCGGCAAGUUAUUAUCUCUUACAGUAACCGAGGAAUCUUUAAUUAUCCUUGAUGAAAACAUCAAAAAAUCAUCCCGCUCAUGCUGCAGUGCAUGGCCUACUGUUAACCGUAAACGUACUAUCGCGCUGUAUAAUAUCCUAUGGGCAGAUGUUGGUGUGACAGCCAUAACGCUUAAUUUUGCCGAAUCAACAUCAAACUCUUCAGUCCGGCCUACUAGCCUAACAUACCCAUUUCAACUCACCGCCCUCGAAUCGGUUGAAAAAUGGGUGAUAUAUCUUCUCGAUAGAGCAUACGAGGAUUCCCUUGCACUGAAGCGUUUCAAAGUCAUCAUCAACCCCUUCGGUGGCUCCGGACAGGCAGUAAAUAUAUUCGAUAAGCAAUCAAAGGCUUUGCUUGAAGCUGCACGUUGCAAACUCGAUAUUGAACAUACCACUCAUUAUAAACAUGCAGUAGACAUUGCAGAGAAUUUGGACAUUGAUUUAUUUGAUGGAAUUAUAUGUUGUUCCGGCGACGGGGUCCCACACGAAGUAUUCAAUGGUUUCGCAAAAAGGAACGACGCAACGCGAGCUCUGAAUAAGAUUGCUGUUUGCCAGCUACCCGGGGGCUCUGGAAAUGCAAUGUGCUGGAAUCUCACUGGUACUGGAAGCGCGAGUUUGGCAACCGUUGCAAUUAUCAAGGGCAAAAGGAGAUCUAUUGAUCUCCUUUCUAUAACCCAAGGAAAUAACCGGCUGAUAUCAUUCCUCUCCCAGUCUGUCGGAAUGAUUGCCGAAGUUGACCUUGGAACUGAACAUCUCCGCUGGAUGGGUGAUGCAAGGUUUACCGUCGGUCUGCUACAACGCAUAUCCAGACAAACUAUAUAUCCAUGCGAUAUAUCGAUUAAAACGGCGAUUGAAGAUAAAGAUUCUAUCCGUGAUCAUUACCGCACCUAUGAAGGCGAUAAAGGUAUAAUCAAGCAAAAUAUUGAUAAUGGGGGUCAGUUCCCAGGAUUGAAGUACGGGACCGUAAACGACCCAUUACCAGGGGAUUGGGAAACAGUACACCAUGCAGAGAUGGGAAUUUUCUAUGCAGGCAAUAUGGCCUGGAUGUCCGCCGGUGCCAAUUUUUUCCCGGCGUCCUGUCCCCGUGACGGUUUUCUAGACGUUAUAACAAUCCCCGGGACACUCUCCCGUCUAUCCGCUACAAAAGUUCUCCUUGCUGUCGAAAAAGGACACCAUUUUAAUCUGGACCAAGUUAACUAUAAGAAAGUUGUUGCAUACCGUAUAACGCCACAUAAACGCGAAGGUGUGGCAGAAGAGUAUGUCAGUAUUGAUGGCGAGCGCGUGGAUUUUGCCCCACUACAAGUUGAAGUUCACCAAGGUCUUGGGACAGUUCUAGCAAAGGGAGAUGGUUAUGAAGCUCCUGGAGUUUAA